CCCCAACACCCCGCGACAAUGCGAGCAGUCGCACGAAGACAAAAUGGUUGUCCUCAAAUUCACCCUGACGCCCGAGGCAGCGUCUAAGGUUCACGACCUGCUUGUUUGCCUCGGCAAGUUCAGCGAGACUGUAGCCAUUGAAGCGCGUCGCGAAAAAUUCACAUUUACCGCUCUCAACUCUUCCAAGUCCGCAUACGCCGCCAUCACAUUAGACGGUCGACAAUUCUUCGCCAGUUAUGAGUGUGUGCCGACUUAUGGCGGUCCUGAUGGCCGCUUCACGUGCAGUAUGUACACCAAAGCGCUCUUGUCAGUCUUCAAAAGUCGCCUGCACGACCCGCUAGGGCGUGAUGGUGCGAUCGAUCGCUGUGAAGUCAGCGUGCAAGAGCGGGAAACCGAGGCGCAAUGUCGCUUCAUCGUCAAGAUGAUCUGCAACCAGGGCGUCAUCAAGACCUACAAGCUCACAUAUGAAGCCGUGGACGUCAUGCAUGCACUUUUCGAUCGCAACAUAGCGAAAAAUAGGUGGAGCAUGCACUCCGGUGCUGUGAAGGAGUACGCUGAAUACUUCGGUACCAAGACCGAAAUGCUCGACAUCUUUGCGAGUGAAGACGGACGCUGCGUAUUUAAGAGCUACACAGAAAAGAUCUCGAACGGGAAGGAAAUCCUGAAGCACCCACUUGUCACGGCAGUCGCGGUCAACACGUCUGACUUCGAGGAAUUCACCGUGCAGGCGGGUAUGCACAUCAUCAUCAACGUCAAGGAUUUCAAGGCAAUAGUCGUCCAUGCAGACACAAUGAAGACAAGCUUAAAGGCCUUUUACUCCCAGCCAGCGCGACCACUCCAGUUCAGCUACGGGUGCGAUGGGCUGCUCUGUGAAUUUACGCUAAUGACUUCGGGCAACCACACGGCAGCUCCAUCUGCGCCAACACCUGCGACGCACGCGAUGAGCAGCAGGCAAACCUCUCGCACGGCCUCAACUACAACUGGGGAGCGGGGACAGAGUCGCAGCUUUCGAUCUGACAUGCCACCGCCUGUGCAACCAGCAUCACGACGCGAUGCCUCUGGCCGAGUGCGGAAUCCAGGAUCUCGUCAAGUCUCGGCGGUGCAAGCACAACCUGCUCGUGACGAUUCAGAAAGCCUCUUCGUACCGGAGGAUGAGGACGCAGCCUGGGCGCCGGUUGACUAUGAUAAGGAAGAGACUCUAGGAUGGGACGCGAAUGCCAACAAUGACGCUGCAGCUUUCCCAACAUUCACAGACAGUGGUGGUGUGUCAAAGACGAACACGGUGGACAGUAAUGAGGUAUUUGAGCCUACCCAACGUGUAUCGCAGAUCAAGGGACUGUGGUAGUUGUGGGACACAGGCGAACGCAUUUUGCACACAGUGGGCUGGUCAAGGUCCAAGGCUCAUUCCCGCUGUCGCAAAAGUUACACGUAUACAUUCCAACAAUACCAGCUUAUCAGCUUGUACGGAAUGUCUGCACUGAUGUCUCUUCAGUCUGUUCGCAAAGUGGUGGAUGCUAUCGACUACAAGACUCGUGGUAAGCUUUGAGGUCAUACCAAGUCUAGUUCCUGCUCAUUCUGGCGUUAUCUCAUAUGGAAGGUUGCGCAGAUGCAAGUCAGACGCUGUACCUCCUCCGCAGUAGGGGCCACCCUUUCCGCUUACAUUUACACUUGAUCUUCCUUGCACAACUACAUCAUACGCGGAUGCUGAGUCAACUGUAGAAGAUACAAAGAAGAACAAACCAUUCAGGUCGUCGCCAUUGGUAUGCGCGAUUGUGAUUCGUGAUGGUGAUGGCG